AUGGCAGAUAAUCAACAAAGUAGAUUUGAAAAGUCUCUUGGUCUGUUAACUACGCGUUUCGUUACUUUAUUGCAGAAAGCAAAGGACGGAGUUCUUGAUUUAAAAGUAGCUGCUGAUAUCUUAGAAGUCCGUCAAAAAAGGCGAAUUUAUGAUAUUACUAACGUCCUUGAAGGUAUUGGACUCAUUGAAAAAAAAAGCAAAAAUAGUAUCCAAUGGAAAGGAGCAGGUCCAGGUUGUAACACUCAAGAAGUUGGUGAAAAAUUGACUGAUUUAAAAGAUGAAAUAAGAAAAUUAGAAGAUCAUGAACAACUAUUAGAUAUGCAUACCCAAUGGAUUCAACAAAGUAUAAAAAAUAUAGAAAAUGAUUUGAUUAAUAGAAAAUAUGCAUAUAUCACAUAUGAAGAUGUUAAAGAAAAUUUUCCAGAUGAUUUUGUAUUAGGAAUUCAAGCUCCUCCUGAUACAGAAUUAAGCGUGCCAAAUAUAAUGCAGAGUUCUGAAGAUGAAGACAAAGAAAUCAAUUAUGAAAUGUUUUUAAAAAGUAGUUCAGGAGAAAUAAAGGUAUAUAUGAUACAACCAGAACUAGCUAAAACAUAUGAUAAUAAAAUACUAGAAAUGAGAUUACAAGAAGAAGCAAAAGGUACAAAAAGGGGAAAAGAGGAAGAAGAGAAAAAGGAGGAAACUAAUGUUAAACCAAAGAGAAGAGUUGGAAGACCUCCAAAAGGAGCUAGUAAACCUGAUCCUAUAAUAUCUGAUGAAGAUGAAGAAGAUGAUACAGAAUUAAUAGAAGCAAAAAUAGUACUUCGAGAUGUUAGCACAUCAGAUAUUGCUCAAAAAGAUUUAGAAUUGUUUGAUCAAAUUUAUUCUGACAUUUAUGGACCAUUAGUAAGACUAAGUCCACCACCCAGUGAAAAAGAUUAUCAUUUCAAUCUUAGUGAAAAUGAAGGAAUUUGUGACUUGUUUGAUAUUACAGCGAAAUGA